AUGGUGAGGAAAAAGAUAAAAGUAGCUGCAUUACAAGCUUUUCAUCCUCCACUGAAAGAAGCUGCAGUACGAACAAUUCUUCUAUUGAAAGAUGAGUCAGUUCAAAGUGAGCAGCCAAUAAUGCAAGAUGCUUGUGUUCUGUUCAAACUGAACCUAUGGAACGAUAUACUCGCUAGUAUACGAAAAUUUAUUCUUGAAAUCCCAAUUAAAAAAUUUAAAAGAAAAUAUAAUUCAAGCAAAAAGGAGAAGCAGUGUAAGGAAGCGGCAUUAAAGCCAGGAAAAUUACUCGAAGAAUUAACAAAUAAGCGGAAAAUUAAAAGAGUUGAUGAGAUUGCUAAAUUUAUCAAAAACAGUAGUCCUAGUUAG